AACGGUAUAGCGUGCAUGGUCGUGUCCUUGGCGAGAAACGCUGGAAGGACGUUGCCAGGAAGGUAUAUAAGGACCCGCGUGGCCGUGCUGGGGCUUCAGUUGGCCGCCGACUACGCCACUUUCACAACGAUGGCGUCGCCGCGACUGUGUGUGUUGCUCCUGCUGGCCGCUACCGCCGGGACCCGUUAUAGCGAGGCCUCCUUUAUCCCGAACACAGUCGAGGGUCGUCUCGUUGUGCCCGACACGGCAAGGAUUGAUAACUCGCUUCUGAAGGAGGCCCAGGCGGACAAGUUCCUCUCCCUGUGGUUCAUUUACGUCUUGGCUGAUCCCGUGCACACCUCCAGUGAUCUUUACCACGGAUGGAGCGAACACCUUCGCGAACGGCGUGCAGCUGACCGGCGAGGAAUACAAGGUCUCGGACGGCAUCGUGUACGUGAUCGAUAGCGCCCUCCCGAUCGUCAGCCCUACAGAAGUCGCCUCCCGCCCUUCCCUCCUGCCCACGCCCGACUCCGAGCCCACGACCCUCCCGCCGCUGACCCACCGCUUCGCCACCUUCAAGCCCCGCCGCGGCACGCCCUCAGACAUCAACAGCGUCGGCAGCACGAAGCCCGAGCUGCCCUUCGACGCCUCCGAGAUCGAACCCGUGCUGGCCGAAGAGACCCUCGGAGGCUCCGAUCUCAGCGGAGGCUUUGCCGAGUUCGGUCCGGCCUCGACCACGCCCUCCGGGGGCUUCUCCGAGUUCUCAGGGUCUCCGGCGGGCAGGAACGACCCCUUCCUCAAGUCCUUCAUCGACUCCCUGCUCCUGCACCGAUCUGCCGACGGCGCUGAGUUCCUCCAUCACUUCCUGGAGACCGGGAUCAACGCCACCUUCAGAGACACCGGCAGAUACACAGCCCUUGUCCCUAACGACUCCGCCUUCUACAAGUACUACCCUAUCGACUGGGGCUUCAACCCGUUCCUCGUCGACAACUUCACGAAGGACGUCAUCCUCAACCACUUCCUCCGAGGCAGUGUCGCCCUUGAGGACCUCCCGAGCUUGGCUGAGAUGACCACUUUGGGAGGAAGCACGAUUAAGUUCACCAGGAGAGGGAAUAAGCUUUUAGCCAAUGGAGUCGAAGUUGUGUUGGAGAGUGAGUCUGUGUAUCCCCGAGGUCGUUCUUACAGCAUUCAGGAACUUCUCUUUGUCGACUAUGAGAGGUUCCCGGAGCUUCUCGCCCAGCACGGAGACCUCGAGACCGCCCCUCUGCUAGGAAGCCCUUGGCCAACCUCCCAGUUCCUCUCCCACCUCCUGGAGAGAGUCGAGCAGGACCCACGCACCACUUUCUUUGCCGAGUAUCUUAACUACACCAAUCUGGCUUAUCUCCUUCCCGGCAGUGAUGACAACCUGGACCCCCUAAAGUACACAGCCUUCGUGCCCAGCAACAAUGCCCUCGCCGGCAUGCUCUACGCCGAUGCCCCCGACCCCUUCCAGCUCGACGGGGUCCUCAGGGACAACCUCAUCCUCAACCACCUGAUUCAAGGACGACUGUACGAGGACGACCUCCAAGAUGGCAUUACUCUCUCCAACUUAGCCAACUACACGUUCACCGUCUCGAGGAGCCCUGACGGAACCAUACAAAUCGACAACGCAACGGUAAUCGAAUCUCAAGUCUUCAUCUAUAACCUUGGUAUUGUGUACCUUAUCGAUGGCGUCAUUGGUAUCACUGACCAAGACGUUGUGAGAUCGAUCAACAAGUUCCCGGAUCUUAUCUUGGAGGAACCGACCGAGGAAAGCUCACCCAGCCCCGAGGACCCAAUCGAGGAAAUCUUCGGCUUCACGACCGACCUGGCUUCGAGUCCUUCGCCCAAGACCACCCCGCGACCCUUCCGUACCCGCUUUACCCCGGCCCCUACCACCCCAAGUCCUACCACCCGCACUAACAGGCCCUCGACGACCACCACCACCACGACCACCACCGCCGCGGCAGCCACCACGACCCUGAGACCCACGCCGACGACUCCUAAGAUCCGCUUCGAAACCAGGACCGAAAUCAGCAUAUCCCGACGAAUCAACGACGGAGAGGUGGAACCGGUGCCUGUGAACGACAGCUGAUGGCAUUCAUUAGUUCUCCUUCAGGGAAUAGACAUAUAUAUAUAAAUAUAUAUAUUUCUGGUACUGAUACUAUGUUAUUUGUAUAAAUUAAAUGUUGAGUCCUAAACAA